ACAAGUAAACUAACUUUCAGCGAGAGGGGCUAUUUAUCCAUACCGUGGUAAAAUAUAACGUCCUUUUCCCCCCCUCCGAGCAACGGAAUGCUGUGAAUGUCCAGCCGAGAGAAGAACGACUCUAAUAUCCGCAUCCACCGGAGCGACUUUAUCUUCAACCAAGUUUACUUUGACAUUUUCUGGAGACUGCAUGCUGGGGCUUGAAGUUGACUUCCUGUAGACUGCUUCAUAGAUAGGGAAACCUUUGUGAAAAGCAGGAGAAAGGCCUGUUCACCCACCUUCAUCAUACUGGAAGCUACAGGAUGGCUAGAAGAGUCCCCAUUCCCUUCUUACUUCUUGCAAUGUGCUGCCUGGCAUCUGCAGGGCCAUUGUUCCGCAGCCCAUGUGAGCUGCUGCCGGUAGGGAUGGGACACCCUGUACAGGCAACGUUGAGGAGCUUCACCGCCCUGUCAGGCUGUGCCAGCAAAGGCACCACGAGCCUCCCUCAGGAGGUCCACAUCAUCAACCUGCGGGGACAUGUUCCAGAGGGACCAGACAACAACCCAGCUGAAGUGGAGCUGCAUCUGAAGCCGAUUCAGUCUUUGUUACGCCACCAGAAGCCACUGGUCUUUGUGCUCAACUCCCCCCAACUACUGAUCUGGAAGAUCAAGACAGAGAACCUGGCCCAGGGCAUUAAACAUACCUUUCAUGUAUCUGAGGGCUCAGAGGUCCACUUUCAGCCGGGAAACUUCUCCCUCUCCUGCCAGAUCCAGAAGGAGACCCUUCCCCAUGGCAACGAGCACCUCCUCAACUGGGCCCAGAAGAAGUACAGGGCAGUCACCUCUUUCUCUGAGCUCAGGAUGACUCAAGACAUCUACAUCAAAGUCGGAGAAGAUCCACUGUUUUCUGACACCUGCAAGAUUGAUACCAAGUUCUUGUCUCUGAACUACCUGGGCGGCUACGUGGAGCCACAGACAUCAAAGGGUUGUGUCCUGUCUGGACCCGACAAAGACCAAGAAGUCCACAUCAUUGAGCUCCAAGCCCCCAACUCCAGCAGUGCUUUCCAGGUGGAUGUCAUAGUGGAUCUACGGCCUCUGGUGGACGAUGCCCUGCUGCAUCGUGAUGUAGUCUUGCUGCUCAAGUGUGCCAAGUCUGUCAAUUGGGUCAUCAAGACCCACAGUGUGAUUGGCAAGCUGGACGUAGUGGCCUCUGACACCGUGAGUGUUAGUUCAAGUACUGAGAGACCGAUGCAAGUGUCAAAAUCCCCCAGGCAGCAGUUGCCAUCAGGGUCACAAGCCUUGAUCAAGUGGGCAGGGGAGAAUUGCUACAGUCCAGUCACAUCUUAUACAAACACUCCUGUGGCUAACCACUUCAAUAUCAGACUUAGAGAGCCAGAUGUGGUGGAUCCUCUGGAGAGCAUGUUGCCUCCAGAGCUCUCCAUCCUGCAUCCAAGAGCUGGAGCUACUUCACGACGCACCGGUUUGCCCUUUCCCUUUCCUCCACCUGUGUCUGACACCCUGCCCUACCUGCCCUCCUCCCUCGAUAACCGGCCCUGGGAGAACGUAGAGCCAGAGGAGCAUCAGGGCGUUCUGAGUGUUGGCCUCAGUGUGCAGUGUGAGGACAAGAGGAUGGUAGUCAGCAUUGAUAAAGAAAGCCUGCAAGCAAAUGGGUUUGCUCAUGCCAACCUCACGCUGCAAGACCCAGCUUGCAAAGCAACAGUCAAUGCCACCCACUACACACUGGAAACUCCACUGACUGGCUGUCUGACCACUGUAUAUCCCAUGCAGGGUAGCCCAAUGGCCCUCCACAUCAACUCUGUUUUGAUAAGUCAUGCUGAGACUAAGGAUGGGAGUGGUGGGCCACUGGAUUAUGAAGAUCUGGAAUCUGGAGACGUGUUGCUCCCGAGGGACUCAGCGGAGUUAGAGAGGACAUUUACGGAGCCCAAAGAGCACCAGUCGGUCAUAGUGUUUAAUUGCACGUACCGAAAGAACCAGGAAACCUCAGGAACAAUUCCCAGGAUUGUACCAGGACCAGGAAGGCAACCGGUUAGCAACAUGACAUUUAACAUGGAGUUGUACAACACCCUGCCAUUCAACAACCCUUCACGCCAGGCUUUCUACACUGUUUCACAAAAGCAGGAAGUCUUUGUGGAGAUCACAUCAGCUGCAUUAGAUCCGGAGCUGGGGUUCACCAUCAUAUCAUGCUUCAUUUCGCCUAACUCCAACCCCAGUGUGGCCUCAGACUACACUCUCAUUGAGACAGUCUGCCCCACAGACGACUCCAUCAAAUACUAUCCUCAGAGGGACUUCCCUGUCCCUCACACUCAAGCAGAGAAGAAACGUUUCAGCUUCAUCUUCAACUCAAAGUUCAACAUGUCCCUGCUUUUCCUGCACUGUGAGAUGUCUCUGUGCUCCAAGAGAUCUCAGAGUAACCAACGACAACCACCGUGCUUACAACCCAGCGAGACCUGUGAUUCUCUUAAUGUGGACAAUAUCAUGGAGAUAAUGCUGAAUACCAAGACGGUUUCCAAGCCGCUGGUUGUGGUGGAUGGAUGGAUCAAAACAGUUACUCAUUCACCCCCAAACCCACCGUAUACUACUGAUAAUAAUCCACUGUAUGUGCUGGACACUCCGACAGUGGUGGGGAUCGCCUUUGCAGCCUUUGUGAUUGGGGCUCUGUUGACCGGAGCCCUGUGGUUUAUCUACUCACACACAGGUGAGACAGCUGGCACACAGCAGGUCCAGAAGUCCCAGCCGGCCUCAGAGAACAGCAGCGCGGCCCACAGUAUCGGCAGCACACAAAGCACGCCCUGCUCCAGCAGCAGCACGGCGUAGCCCAGGGCGCAACCCAGCGGGACGCCAAGCCCUGCCGUGGCCCAGGACGGGCCUGACGGUUCACAGGGACCGGUUUGUUGAUCUCCUUCCGUGAAAGGAAUUAAUAUUGUUGGUGUGAUAGGAAGGAAAAAAAGCAUGAUUUAAAAAAAAAAGAAAAACCUAAUAACACUUUUGGUCCUUGUGUAAAUUCCUUUUGUACCACUUCAAGUGCGUCCAGGCAAAUAUACUAUCCUGGUGUUACUGGUCUGUAAUAGUAGUGAGACCCAGCUUAGCAGCCUCACCUCAUUUUUAGUGCAAAAAACUAAUGUGAGUUUAUACCAGGCAUUUGUUUUCCAAUCUAAAUGCUGUUUUUUUCUGUCAAAGUCUUUUGCUUUGACCUUACAUGGUGAGAUUUAGGCUCUUUGUAACAAAAAGGUGUACUCCAACUGCAAGGAAAGCAACCAGGCUGCAGUGAAGUCAGUAUUAGUAAGUGGGAUGUUAAUGGCUGGACUGUAACACGUUGCCUUACGUCAUGCAACCCUGAAGGUGGCAAAGGAGUAAAGCAACCACUAUUAACAUGUGAACAAAAGUGCAGUAUGAACAGAAGUUGUCAUCUUGACACAGAGAGACACAAUGGCAGUGUAGGUAUUGAAUGUAUACAGAAAAGUAAAUGCCAGAAAAUGUGAAAGAAAAUGUGAAACACAUGCUGAUAAAAUGCCCCGUUUUAUAUAUUAUCGUUCUUCCCUCAUAAUGGAUUUAUACACAAUGGUUUGUAAAACCAGUGCUUUCUGUACGGUAGAUAUAGUAAUUCAUUUGACUAGAUGGGGGUCUGAGUCUCAAUUUUAUUGAUGUUACACAACUUCCCAGGGGCAUUAUGGGUUCCCUUUUACCAGUCGUUGUUAAUGGAAUAGUUCAACAUUUUGGGAAAUGCUUUUAUUUGCACGUUAUCCAAAAAUUAGAUGAGAAGAUACCUCUCUCAUGUCAGUGCUUUCAGUACUGAGAUUGAUACAGGAGGCAAAUAGCCUAGCUUAGCACAAAGACUUAAAACAGAGGGAAGCUGUUAGCUCGGAGAAGUAGUUCAUCAUUUAAAAAAAGAAGAAAGAAAUACCUAUUAUUGUGAGCUAACUCUUUCUCCCUGCUUCCAGUUUUUGUGCUAAGCUAGGUUAAUCGCCUCCUAAAGUACCCCCAGCUCCAUACUCAAGGUACAGACAUCAGAGUGGUUUCAAUGUUCCUAUCUCACUCUGAAAAAUUAAGUGAAUAAGCAUAUUUACCAAAAUGUCAAAUUAUUCUUUUAAGACCUGUACAUGUUUGUGAAUAUUGUAAAUACUCCUAAAUGUUAUGAGGCAGGCAGUGUGCAAAUUAUGUUGUUAUACUUCUGGAUUAGACAUGAUUUAUCAGUGUGAGAUGCAAGUUCAUACCGUUUCAUUCAAUCACUUUAAAACUGAAAAAAAGAUAUAUAAGAAUCACAGUUUUGAAAGACAGGUUCAACUUAGAGUAUCAUUUAAAUACAUCAAUUCCAAAUCAUGGCUUAGUAUAAUUGAUGUAGCUUGGGUCCUACUGUCUGUUCCUUUUACACUAGGGCUGCUUCUUUUUUAUUAAUGAUUAAUAAUGAAUUUUAUAAUGCAUUUUCCCUCAUAAAUAGCUUAACCAACGAUUAUUGUUCUGCCAGUUCACUCAUCGAUUAUCAACUAAAUAUUUCUUUACACACUCAGCUAAUUGUCCUCUUAUCAGGCAGAGUCAGAGGAAGAGUAGAUUUGUUACAUUAUAAA